AUGUCUCUAAUUUUCCACAAAACCCAUAUCUCAUCUAGCUCAACGGCCCUAGCGAGUGUUCUUAAGACUUACGAAGAAUACAGGGAUAAAAUCCAAUAUCCGGAAAAUGAUAAGGAGUUAUUUGACAGAGCAACCGAUAACAUAGCCCUUCUGUCAGGAGGCAUCACGCGAGUGACAGUGGCAGUAGAAACUCUUCAAGCAAAAGUUGAUAAGAUGGAGGAACAGUUCAACAAUACUAAGAAAACAGAUCAAAAAGAAAUGCUUCUAGACAUCCAGGAAAUUGAGAAAGACACUCAAGUUUUCAAACUUCUUGCGGAAGCCGAAACCUUCACGCACAUUUUAGAGGCACAGCUCACAGAUGCCAGAAUGAACUUGGCAAAAGCUCAAAGGAGACAAAAAAGCUGUUCUGCGAGCUCAACGCAAGAGGGUUCUGCACAAAGCCUAGCAGAGUCAAAUUCAGCAAGAACGGAGGAUAAUCCGAACACUGAACCUACAAGAAUAAGCAAGACCGAUUCUACACAAAGCUAUGUCUACGCAGAGCUAUGGCAGUGGCCAGGUUUCGAAACACUCACUGCUGCAACUGGAAUCAAAAAUCUGAGCAGCUGA